AUCAUCGAUCCUCGCCCACCGACACUGCAGAAUUUGUUCUUCCUCCUCUCCUUUCAACAUGUCAAGUCCAGACUCCUUAUAUAUUUGAAAGUGUUUCCAUUCUUCAGCGUCUGAGAUAAAGCUCCUGCAGGAUGAAGGAGAUGAAGAGGCUCAGGUUCCGGCCUCUGGCGGAGCCCCGGAGUUUUGGGUCAGGGCUAAUUAUUGGAUGCAUUUUGGCGUCGAUGAUUUAUGCCAUAAUGUACAGAAGUGAAGAAGGAAUCGACCAUCGGUCUAUCUUGACUUGCAAGCUUCCACCGUCUUCGUCGUCGGACGACGCGGCUACUGCGAAUUCUUCUGUCGAAGAAGGCGGGAGCAUUCUAUCGACAAGUAGUGACCCGGCAAAUGAAGAAGACAAGAUCGCAAUCAAUUCUUCCUUGGUAGAAGAGAAGGUUUUAAUAACUGGGAGAAAUGAGUCAGUUGACGAGGAGGAGGAAGGAACCAAAGUGAAAAAUGAUAAACAAGCGUCGGCGAAACCAUCAGCUGUCGAUCACAAUCAACCAGAAGCUUUGCCUGCGAAGAAACCGAUUUGCGAUUUCUCCCAGUACAGAUUAGACAUCUGCGAUUUAGAGGGCGAUAUCAGAGUCACCGGGAAGAAUCUCUCUUCGGUAAUGCUCGUUGCAUCCAGAGACGCCCCUGCAUCGUCAUGGGAGAUCAAACCGUAUCCCCGCAAGUACGACCAUUCCGCCAAGGCCAAAGUCCGAUCUUUCAACGUCACGACACUGCACGCCUCCGCCGCCCCAAACUGUGACGUCCGCCACUCCGUCCCAGGCGUGCUCUUUUCCACCGGCGGCCACUGCGGAAACUGCUUCCACGACUUCGCCGACGUGCUCGUUCCUCUCUUUCAGACCGCAGGCCCGCUUCGCCGACAAGUCCGGUUCGCCAUUUCCAGUUUGAAAGGCUGGUGGAUGAUGAAGUACCGACCGUAUCUGACCCAGCUGUCCGCCUUCGACGUCAUCGACCUCGACGGCGACGACCGCGUUCAUUGCUUCGACCGCCUGACGGUCGGUCUGCGCGCGAAGCGCGACUUGAUGAUCGACGCCGAAGAGGCCCCCGAUGGCCACUCCAUCGCCGGCUUCGUCGAGCUCACCCGCAGCGUCUACGGUCUCGGUCGCGCCGGAGUCGGGCCGAAGAAAAACCCCACGAAGCCGCGCCUUCUGUUCAUCGCGCGCGGCGGCACGAGGAAGUUCGCGAACCUGGACGCGCUGACGGCGGAACGGUUCGCGCGUCGGUGGUGCGACGUGUUGGUUGGCGUGCACGGCGCGGGCCUGACCAAUUUCCUCUUCCUACCCACCGGAGCGGUCGUCGUCCAGGUAGUGCCACUUGGCAAGCUGGACUGGAUCGCCACGAAUUUCUACGCGGAGCCAGCGAUGGGUAUGAAUCUCGAGUACAUCCAGUACGACAUCACCAUCGCCGAGAGCACGCUUCUCGACGCGUAUCCGAGGGACGACAAGGUCUUCACGGAUCCGGAGUCGAUCCACAAGGAAGGUUGGCAUAGGAUCCUGGAAGUCUACCUCCGCCAACAAAGCGUCCGGCUCGACGUCGACCGGUUCAGACCGGUUCUGGAGAAAGCAUACGGGCUCGUCCGGGAUAGGGAUGGCAAUGGGUAGGAUUUGGGUAGGAUUUUAUAUCCUCUGUACCCAUAUCCAUUUAUUAUAUCUAUACCCAUACCCAUCCCCAUACCCAUCGGGUAUUUAACUUUCAUACCCAUCCCCAUACCCGUCGGAUUUUCGGGUAUCCAUAUCCUACCCAUCAUCCUAUUACUCUCUACCAUUCUCAUUUUUUUAAAAAAAUUAUCUCAAUGUAUUUGUCAGCUCUUCCUCGUCUCGCGCUCCUUCAAUCGGGUGAACAUUUUUCGUAGAAAAGAAGAUAAGAUACGUGUUGAUGAUCGAAAAAAGAGACAAAGUAAGCCUUUUUCUAAGAUGGAAAGAGGGCUAAAGUUUUUAUUUCUCAAUAAAAAAUGAGGCUAUAUAUAUAUAUAUCGGGUAUCGGGUAGGGUAUGGGUAGGAUUUUACCACAUCCGCCUCCAUAUCCAUACCCGAAAUACCCAUACCCGAAUACCCAUUUACUAUAAUCGGAUAUAAAAAUACCCUCCAUAUCCUCCUCCAUUCGGGUCGGAUGUCGGAUUAUCCAUCGGAUUCGGGUGAAAUUACCAUCCCUAGUCCGGGAGAAGGAAUAAAUGCUCAAAUAAAAGUUUUAUUCUUUAUAUAACGGAGGGACAAACAAAAAGAAAGUGGCUUCCACAUACGUUCUGAUGCAGCAUAGCUAUACCCCAUUGGUUUCGAGAAAGAGAAACUGAAAGGAGAAGACAAAUAUUGAUUUGUUAGAGCGGUUUGUCAUGUAGCAGUAGGCAUUCAUUAUCAUAAACGGUAGAAAUUAAAGUUAAGGUGCAACGUUACACGUUUCUGAAACUA